AUGUCCGCCCUAGUCAGCUACCCAAGAGUGCGCCUGUUAGAACCGAAUGCAGCAUUAACACCUCUGCUGCAAGAAAUUAUCCGUAACUGUGAGCGACGAAACAUCCGAUACGAUCGACCAUUGGUCCACUUCGUCACGAAUCUGCUGAGCCUGGACCCUCAGUACGAACUGUUCAUGGAAACGCUCAGCACCGAUCGACGCAAUCAUGAUGAUUUCGUUGAAGCUUGCUGCAAUCUGCUUGCCGACGACAGAUCGCCAACAUUGAUCACCCUCCGAAUGCAGUGCUACUUUUUGGAUAACUUCUUCGACAAGGACGAAAUUGUCGAGAAACAUGCACGCAAUCUGCAGGCUAAAACGUUCGCCCUCACCAAAGAGAUUAUUGACAACGAUGUGAUCACGAAGGAUGAACAGGACGAGGUAUUUAACAAGGUAAUACUGGACAUUGUGAUUAACAUGGGUUUGGGCAAUCCGGACUGUAAGGAUGUGAUAGCCGAAACGAUGCGUGCCCUCAACUCGGUAAUGUCGCGCAGCGAUAAGGCAAAGUUUGUUGCACUCGAUCGGAAGGAUCGCCUGAUGGCGUUGAAAGACAUACGGGAAAUUGUGGCGGGCAUACGUAUCUUCAACAAACACUCCGGAAAUACGGCAAACGGAAUGGCCGAUUUGCCAAAAAUUAUCGACCAGUCACACGAAUCGACGAAAUCGAUUCUUCAAAUAACGCUGUGCGAAAUCAUGGACAAGGUAAACCUGCUGACAAGCGCCCUGAACGCGGCGAUAGCGUACGAUUUGCGUAAUCGAUCGAUUAUAACGCUGCUGGCGGAAAACAUUAGCGCCGAUGAUUUUGAAACCAUUAAAGACUUGCUUGCCAUGUACCGGCAGCACGAGGUGUACACGCGAAAGCUUAUAGAUGAGCUGGCGAGUAUUAAGCUGAGCAUUGAUGGAUGUAAGCAGGAGUACGAGGCGAAGCUGUUGCGCAUCCAUGAAGCUGUUCAGUACCGUACGGCCAUACCGACGGAUCGUGUUUUUCCAAAAUUCUCCGAACUGACACGUGUUUGGCUGCAGUUUCAAAAUUUCAUAUUUCUGCUUUCGGAAAUGAAUCAAAUCAGUAACAUGCUGACAAGUCUCACGGAACGGUGUGGUAGCUUUGAUGAUCUGGCUUACCGUUUGCUUGGCGAAAGUCAGAUCCAAACCGAUGUCGAUCGGUUAAACAAAGUCAGCACGAAGCGGUUCGUCCUGCCCGAUCCGAAGAACUGUGAAAUUGUUCCGUUCGAGGAAAAUAUGCAUAUCCAACUGCUAAAAUUUUGCUUGUGGCAUUUAGCCGAAGGCAAGGGAUUACUAAUGCCUGGAAGCACGGACCUGGGCGUAUGUCGCGUGCAGAAGGAAAACUUUCUUUUCAACAUCCCCGAGCCGGUCUCAUUUUUCGACGAGGAUCCGAAUAAAUACUUCUUCAAAAUAGUGGAGACAGCUAGGAAGAAGGUACAACUGAUCUGUCUGCUCAACAUUUACGACAAGCUACAUUCGUCAUACAACGCACCCCGAAGCGAAGGCUUUCAGAUGAAGAUAACGACCACCUGCGAUCAGGAAGUACAGACUGAUCUACACCCCGUCCCGUCCAACAUUGAUCGCGAGUAUCGCUGGAAUAUUUGGGACUAUCGGCGUGAAGCAAUUCGGCUUGCUAACAUACGCACCAAACGGACCACUUCCGUGCAGACGCUCGAAUCGAGCCGUGCCAUACCGAAAUCGACACAAAUCUAUCUCGGCAAACCGCAGACCACACAGACGCGCGUCAGCCGCAGCACGGAAACGGAACAACGUCGGCAAACGGGACUGAAAGUGAUUGAACCGACGGCACCAUCCCCUUUGAAGGUGUACGCACUGACGCUAGCGCAGACAAGUCGUUCCGCCUUCAAUCGCAACGGAGAGCGUUAG